AUGAACGCACUAACGGAUCCAAAGAUAUGGCUUGAAGAUGCCAUAUAUAAAAAAUAUAUAAGAGUAUUUGAUUAUGAUUCGUUUAGAGAUAUCAAGCAUGUCUCAACGACAACGUUAAAAGAUGUUAAAAAAGCUCAAAUAAAAUGCGGCAAGAAGGUGAUCCUUGAAUAUUUAAAAGAUGAUGUAUAUGAGAUCGAAGAUAAAUAUUACACGAGUUUUGUCAGAGAGGUGCAAAAUAUAAUGAAGCUAAAUAAUAGUGAAAAUAUAAUCAAAUUUUUAGGAAUUAGCAAAGAUCCUUCUCUGAAAUUUUAUUGUAUUGUCUUUCAAUGUGCAUACGGCGAAGAUCUUAGGAUUUAUUUGAAGAAAAAAUCUACUGAACUAAGUUGGCCUGCCAGAGUACAAAUGGCAAAGGGGGUUAUUAAUGGCAUGCGUGAUGUUCAUCGUGAAAAUAUUGUUCACUGCAAUUUGAAUCCUAAAAAUAUUCUUGUAUACAAUGACAGUCCAGUGAUCAAGGGAUUUGAUGCCUCUAUAUCACUUGAUGGAUUUUUGGAAACCCGUGAAGAGUAA